GCCACCCACAAACCAGAAGGGUACAAAACCCUGGUUACAAAAGGGCCACAACCCCACCGAAAACAUCUCUCCCUGUCUCAUUUUCCCCGUCUCUAAAACCCACCAAAUCCAAAUCCCCCCUUCCAAAUCCUUCCAAAAAAACAGUCAUGGUUUGAUUAGAAUAUUCAACACCCCAAGAUGGGUCUUUCAUUUCCACCAUCUCCUGCCACCCUCCUCUCUCUCCUCCUCCUCUCGCUCCUCGCCACCUCCGUUUCCUCCUCCGACUACACGACCCUCGUGUACAAAGGCUGCGCGGACCAAAAAUUCCAAGACCCAACCGGGGUUUACUCCCAAACCCUCAAAGCCCUCUUCAAAACCCUCGUCUCCCAGUCAUCCGCUGCCAAGUUCAACAAAACCACCUCCGGCGAAGCCCAGUCGGCCAUCACCGGACUGUUCCAGUGCAGGGGCGACCUCUCCAACGACGACUGCAGCAGCUGCGUCAGCAAAAUCCCAGACCUGUCGAGAAAACUCUGCGACAGCACAAUUGCUGCCAGGUUCCAGCUCACCGGGUGUUACAUGAGGUACGAGGUCUCUGGGUUCAACCAGGUUUCCGGGACUGAGUUGCUGUACAAGGUGUGCGGGUCGACUCGGGCGAGCGGGGCCGGGUUCGAGGACCGGCUGGGCUCGGCCCUCGGGGAGGUGGAGAAAGGGGUGGCCGGCGGCGGGAAUGGGUUUUACACGGGGAGUUAUCAGUCGGUGUUCGUGUUGGGCCAGUGCGAGGGGGAUUUGGGGAGUGGGGACUGUGUUGAUUGUGUGAAGAGCGCUGUCGAUAGAGCCAAAAGCGACUGUGGGACGUCUAUUUCUGGCCAAGUUUACCUCCAAAUGUGUUAUAUUAGCUAUACUUAUUACCCAAAUGGAGUGCCCAGCAAAUCACCAUCAGGAGGAGGAACAAAGGGAAAUACCCAAAAGACAGUGGCUAUUGUUGUGGGAGUGCUGGCGGGGUUUGGGCUUGGGAUUGCCUGUUUAAUGGUUCUAAAAUCAGCUUGCAAGAAGCGAGAAGGUAAGUAUGGAGGAUGAGGGGGAGACUAGCAUAGUAUGUGCUGAGCUGCUAAUGUUAGAGGUGGUGGGGGUGUAAAGGGUUGAGAGAAGAUUUUGCUUUUUCACUCAGUUUUGCCUUGAGAUAUUUCUUCUACACUAAGAUUCUUUUUUUUUUGUUUGUCUUUCCUUCUUUAAGAUUAAAACCAAACAGGCCUCUCUGUCUUGUAGAUGGACAUAGACAUUUUAGUGAUAGCUUACCUAUGUAAUACUUUUGAAUGUACAUGCACAAAUUGAAUAUAUUGAUAUAGGUUUUUGAGUAGUA